ACUCAGGCAGAAGCAAUCGAAUUUGAGCCCAUCCAUCGAGUAGCCUUCGACGCUAACAGGAAGAUGUCAUCUGCCGACCACCCUGAGCCACAGGCUGACCCUUAUCCUGGAAAUGAUGGUGCACCAGCUCCAACCAGAGAAGCCCUGAUUUCUACAGCUAUAAAAUUUCUUCAAAAUCCAAAAGUGCGUCACAGUCCUUUGGCCACCAGAAAAGCCUUCCUGAAGAAAAAAGGGUUGACAAAUGAGGAGGUCGACUUGGUCAUCCAACGCUCGGGCACCACAGAAGAAGUCCUGCCUUUGACAACUUUCGGGCCUCCACAUCCACUUGACUCUUCUCACCUUGCCACUGUUCCACACAGUCCAAAAGGCUACAGAUGGAGAGACUAUGGUGCCUUCACCAUCAUGAUCGUGGGUAUAGCCUAUGGCUGUCAUCAACUUUACAAGAAAUACAUCCUUCCCCUCAUUAUGGCCAGCCGAGAGGACAAGAAGCAUCUGCAGAGGAUGGAGAGCAACAUUGCAGCAAUGAGUGGCACGCUGACACAGACAGUUGGACAGUUGCAGCAGACCCUGACUUCCCUUCAGGAGCUUCUGAUCCAACAGCAGCAGAAGAUUCAGGAGCUCUCUAAGGAACUGGCUACAGCAGAGGUGUCAUCUGCAAGCAGUCGCAUUGUGGACAACCAAACAGUUGGAGAGCUGAAAGCUGAGAUAGUCUCUUUGAAGGGUUUACUGCUCAGCAGGAAACAAUUUCCUUCCACCCCCUCGGUUCCUAAGAUCCCCUCAUGGCAGAUUCCAUUGAAGGCACCUUCAGCAUCCAGCUCGCAGUCAGUCAACCACAGCAGCAGCGACAUCUCUCCUGUCAGUAACGAGUCAGCCAACUCUUCCCCCGUCAAAGAUGGACGCCACAGUCCACAGGAUGAGCUGGGCGUGACAAACGGUGUCAACGGUGAUGAUGUAGGCCUCGUGACAGGACUGCCCUUGGAUCUAAAGGACCAGGUCCGCAUGGAGGUGCAGGGAGAGGAGCAGAAGGAGGAAGAGAACGAUGACUUCAGCCAGGAAAAGGAAGAAAAGAACGAUCUAAGCAUGCAGACAAAGGAUCGACGAGGCGGAGAUGGACAGAUCCAUGAACAAGAAGACAAACUAAAACGGCCUGAGGAUGCCGGCAAUGAAAGUGAGGUGGAUUAGAGCGCUGUAGAACAUCCCACAACACUAUUCAAGUGUAUCACUUCUUUGCUUGUCCGUUGAUCAGUCCUCCGCUCACACUCAUUCUGCUCCUGCCAUCUUUACUGUGGGCUUGUUUCUGCUGCAUCUCAAUACUGAAUGAUGCAAGCAACAGUCACAGGUGUGACACAGCAUUGACAAAUUUAUUUAGACAGUGUUCACGCUUGUCAUGUUUGAUUCGGUUAAGUUAACUAGGUAAUGUGGUUCGUUUGAUCAAGUUUGAACGCUAUCCUCCAAACACGUGUGGGCACCAAACAAGCACACCAAGAACGCUUCAAAUUGGGGUUUUCUUUCCCCUUGUAAGUGAAGUAUGGAACAAAUGUACAUACUGUACACACCAGAUAUGCAUCAGUGUUAAAAUGGCUGCUAAAAGCUAAGGGAAGUCACACAUACGCAGCUGUAUAUAAUGCUGUCCAGUCAGGGUACGACUUUAUGCCUAUGCCUUUGCUGCCAGCCUUUGGUCCGAGUGUCAAGUGUGAAUAUACUUUGCAAAGUAAAGGACAACAUCUUAAUACAAGUACUGUACCAUGUAUUGAGGAGAAGAAUAGAUAUUGUACCCCACAGUCUUGCUUUAAAUGUAAUCAUUCUAUUAGCCUGUUCACAGCUUUGCUUUGCGUCCAUGUUUUGGGCUAAUGCUCUUUUGCAGACCAAAGAGGCAUUAUUGCAUCAAAUAGCUCAUGUGUAAAUGUGUGUGGUGCAGCUGUGGGUCAGGAGUCAUAUGUUCACUCUGAAAGUUAGUGUCUGCAUCCAGAGAAGCAUUAGCCGUGUUUCCCUUUUGAUGGCAAUUGGAAAGGACAAUCCCUACCAGGGCCGAAGCUUUUAGCCUCUUUUGUGUCCUUUCCCAUUGGUGUCAGUCUGUCAAUAAUUCACAAGGCCAGCAGGGUGGCAUUUGGGUGAAAUAAAAGCCCUGAAAUUCAAGAUUAGAAUGUGAUGAGUGGCUUUGUUCAACACCGGUGUCAGAGUGUUCAUGCGCUCAAAGGAGAGGGGUAAAGAUAAAUGUUUUUUCCACUGCUUUCCUCUUUCACUUAGGGCUGAAAUGUGCAUCAUGGAGAGUGUUUGCGUGCGUGCGUCAGGCAGAAAAAAAGCCCAGACUUGUGUGCCGUGCUGUAUCUGCAUCUCCUGCAGAGCAGCUGAUUUGGUUUGUGAAGUAUGUUAAUAAUCAAAUGAUCAACAAAUAACAAAUGUAUUAGUUCAUGCAGCUUGAAAUGUCAAGCGGGCUAAAAGCGCAAAUCUAAUAUAGAAAGCCCAGUUGCGUUGUGUUAUUUUCCAUAACAAGUCCUCCGGUCCAAAUUAGGUAGGGCCUCCCACAGUGACUAAUCUUUACUGAAAACUGUGCCGAUAUUUUGUAAUUACAAUAUGCUGUAAGACACCGAGGACUGUCACAGAUGGUAGUUGCAGAAUUUGUGUCACUUGUUUUUGUGUUUGUGUGCGUGCGUGCGGAGGUGGGAUGCGGGAAGCUUAUAAAAAUGUCCCACGAUUGAAAAGGAAAGUCAUAAAUGAGUACUUAUCUUAUUGAAUUAGUCACUAUGUCUGCAGCUCUCAAGAGUCUUCCCUGAGUGAGAAGACUGGAUGGAUCUGGGCCCUCGUGCCACGUUCAUCAUCAAUUGUGGGGCCUUCAUAGGAACACAAAGGUAGAGGAACACUGCACAUUACUGCAGGAAAUUACUGUAUGUUUGAUCAGAAUGUGUAACUCAUGCUUCUCAGCACCUGUAAAAUCGUAAUUGUUCCAUUCUAUGACCUGUUAAUAUUUCUAGUAAAUGUUUGAAGGCUAUAUAACUAUAAUAAAAAUUGCUUUUCAAAGAGAAUCUGCUUUAUUUUAUGUAGAAGCUACAAACUAUUUAUUUGCUAUCUAUUUGCUAUGUAAGCCAAUAAGGCAAGAACAUUAUUAAAAAUGCAGGCCACGUACCGCUGCAUUUUGCAGUAAUUGUAAAGCGGAAAUAUUGUUUUUGAGAAGACCAGAGAGCAGUGCAUUGCAGUAAUCUAUACGGCUAGUGAUAAAAGCAUGCAUUAGCGUGUCCGUGUUGCCCUGAGAGAGAAUAGGGCGGACUCUGGCUAUAUUUUUAAGAUGAUAAACAAUUGUUAUAUUUUUAUAUUGUAUGAACUCAGCUCAGAAUAAAAACAACGCCCACAUUUUUUACUUGUGAUAGUGUUAAGGACAAUGCUUGUAAUUUAGAUAUGUUUCCCUCUCAGGGCCUCAGGGCUAAUAACUACAAUUUCAGUUUUGUCCUGGUUAAGCUGUAAGAAGUUGUCUG